AUGUUUACCCAACUGAGGACGAAAAUAAGAAUCCCCUUAGAGACUGAGUUUGGAUUGAGCACGUACAAGGAUCACCAGUCUUUUUCCGUCCAGGAAUUGCCGGAAUGCGCACCUGCCGGCCAGCUCCCUCGCUCAGUGGACGUAAUUGCGGACAACGACCUCGCAGAUUUGGUCAACCCUGGCGAUCGUGUUCGUGUUAUCGGUCUGUAUCGUGUACUUCCCAACAAGCAGAAUGGAUUCUCCAACGGCUCUUUUAGGUCCAUUGUUAUCUCUAACAAUAUUCAAUUACUUUCCAAGGAAACGUCCUUGGACUUUGACCCAGAAGAUGUCAGAAAUAUCCGUAAGCUGAGCAAGAAGAAGGACGUACGUGCUUCAAACAGUCCGUGA